GGGCUGUGCCUCAUCCUCACGGGCCAAACAGGUCCCCUCUGCUCCCCUUCUCCUGGAUUCUUUCUCCUCACAGCUUCAUCACCCUCUGGGUCAGGGCAGACGAUGCCCCCCAACCACACAGGCUACUACCGCUUUGUAUCACAGAAGGACUUGGAGAAUUAUUUGGAAACCCUAAGCAUCGAUGUGGCUCUGAGAAAGGUCGCACUGUUGCUCAAACCCGACAAGGAGAUCCACCACGAGGGCGACCGAAUGACCGUGAAGACCCUCAGCAGCGUCCAUAAUCAUGAGCUGAACUUCGAGGUGGGGGUUGAGUUUGAGGAGGACCUCAGGAUCAUUGAUGGGCGAAUGUGCCAGCCGGUGGUAACCUGGCAGGAGGAGCAGCUGGUGUGUGUGCAGAGAGGAGAGGUUCCCAACAGGGGCUGGAGACAAUGGCUGGAUGGAGAGAAUUUGUCUCUGGAGCUCACUGCCAGGGAGGCUGUGUGCCUGCAAGUCUACCAGAAGGUCAGAUAGUGGGAGCCAAGCUGCGGGGUCACAAGAAUCCCCUGGCAUGUAUCCCCUCGGAGCCCCGAUGAUGCCAGAUCAGCGGACUCCCUGUUCUGAAUCUCUCUUUGCCUCCCUCUUCCACCCUGUUAAUCUGUAACUCGCAAUCCCCAGUCUAAAGUCUGCUCUGCCUCUCUCCACUGCCCAGUGUCUGUUUGCAGGCCUGGACCUGAGUUCAAGGUCUUGUAUCAAGGUGAAAGACCCUGUCUGAGAGGACAUGGCCUGGAGAAUGACCAAUAGCCAUGC